AGGCAGGGAUCCUGGGCGGCCCGGCAGAGGCCAGAUGGACGCCGGAUACAGCCAGCCCCGCCCGGAGAGCGAAAUCAUGGAGCCUUCCAAGACCUUCAUGAGAAAUCUGCCAAUCACACCAGGCUACAGCGGCUUCAUACCAUUCCUCAGCUGCCAAGGAACGGCCAGAGAGGAUGACAUGAACUACUGUGUGAAAACCUUCCAGGAGAAAACACAGCGCUAUAAAGACCAGCUGCAGGAAUUUUGCUGCGCAGUGGCCACUGCCCCAAAACUGAAGCCUGUCAACUCCGAGGAGACGGUCCUGCGGGCCCUGCACCAGUACAAUCAGCAGCACCACCCUCUCCUCCUGGAAUGCAAAUACGUAAAGAAACCUCUCCAGGAGCCUCCAAUCCCUGGCUGGGCAGGCUACCUGCCGAGAGCCAGGGUCACUGAAUUUGGCUGUGGCACGAGAUAUACUGUCAUGGCCAAAAACUGCUACAAGGACUUCCUGGACAUCACAGAGAGGGCCAAGAAAGCACAUCUGAAACCAUAUGAAGAGUGAGGAGGGCUGUCUCUUUCCUUCCUACUACUGUUUUAAAAAGGGGAUGAAAUGUGUGCAGUGGCCUUUCUGCUUAGCUGGGCCAGUUGCCUUCAACUCACACGGAUGAUUUCUCUCCUAGAUGAAAGCUGCCCUGCCCUUGGAAGGCCCCUGAGAGAGGACCCCAGAACUCCGCUGACAUGUGGCUGUGCUCAGAGGCCAAGUAUACCAUGCAGUGGGAAGAUUUACCUAGAGCCACUGUCCUCCGCAAAGUAUGCAGAAGGCUAGAAGCGCAGCGUCUCCCAGGGAGAGGUGAACUUUAAGUGGGGCUUCCGAAACCUGCCGUUCUCGUGUUGGCAUCAUGCCCAAUGAGCAAUAAAGAAAUUUAAUAACAAGAAGUUUUUAACUUCCGCCUGCAUCCUGAGUGGUUGACAGUCGCAUGUCAUUAAUGAUAAAGACCUUUUUUUUUUUUUUUUUGUCAUGUGGGUAUAAAGAGGCUGCUUCUCCGCA